GGCCGAUGCGGGGCCUGGGAGCUGCAGGCCGGCGUCGGACUCCGCAGGGGCGAGCCAAGGCCCUCGUAGAGGCCGGGACGCGCAGGAGCGACGGGGCGCGAGCUCCCGUCGACCCUCGGGCGGCGCUGAGCAUGCCGGGAGUGGGAGUCCCCGCGGCCGGCUCCCGCCAGUGCCCGGGAGCCCAGGGCCGCGGCGGCCCGAGGACGAGGGCGGAGCGGCCGCCGCGCCUGCGCAGAAGGCGGGGGCCGGCGAGACGCCGGCGGCGCGGGGGAGAUGCAUAAGCUUAAAUCGUCUCAGAAGGACAAGGUCCGCCAGUUUGUGGCGUGCACUCAGGCUGGCGAGAGAACUGCUAUCUACUGCUUAACGCAGAAUGAGUGGAGACUAGACGAGGCCACGGACAGCUUCUUCCAAAACCCAGACUCCUUCCACAGGGAGUCCAUGCGGAGCGCUGUGGACAAGAAGAAGCUGGAGCAGCUGUACAGCAGGUACAAAGAUCCACAAGAUGAAAACAAAAUUGGAAUCGAUGGGAUUCAACAGUUUUGUGACGAUCUGAGCCUAGACCCUGCCAGUAUCAGUGUGUUGGUCAUAGCGUGGAAGUUCAGGGCAGCAACUCAGUGUGAAUUUAGCAGAAAGGAAUUUCUAGAUGGCAUGACAGAACUCGGGUGUGACAGCAUGGAGAAGCUAAAGGCUCUUCUGCCAAGACUGGAGCAGGAACUGAAGGACACAGCCAAAUUUAAAGAUUUUUAUCAGUUUACCUUCACUUUCGCUAAGAACCCAGGGCAGAAAGGUUUAGACUUAGAAAUGGCUGUUGCAUAUUGGAAGUUAGUGUUAUCUGGAAGGUUUAAGUUUUUAGAUCUCUGGAACACGUUCUUACUGGAACAUCACAAAAGAUCAAUUCCAAGGGACACCUGGAACCUCCUCCUGGACUUUGGAAACAUGAUUGCAGAUGAUAUGUCUAACUACGAUGAAGAAGGAGCUUGGCCUGUUCUUAUAGAUGAUUUUGUAGAAUAUGCACGGCCAGUAGUGACGGGUGGAAAACGCAGCCUUUUCUAGGCAGCAAGUUCAGCAGGAGUAAGAUUACGAAAUGAUUUGUAUCCUGCAAGGAGAUUUCGGUCAGUUCCUGGGUGCAUCGUUACUGAUUCCAGAAGUCCUUCUUGACCAGCCAUGGAACCAGAGGAGCCAUGCUAUUCUGCUGGAGGACAGCAGCAGCUGCUUUGUGGACACCGCAGGAAGUUCCCCAGGACAUGGCUGCUUUGGGAUGUUUGGAGAUUUGUCAUCAUAGCUGUUGCGUUAGGAGAUUUCUGCAUGAUUUUUUAGUAUUUACAAAACACUAAGGUAGAGCCGUGGCGCCGCAGAGCAUGCUGCUUUGCUUGCGCCAUCAGGCGAACCAGCGGCCCGCCGAACGCCGCCGAAUGAUGUUGCAGUCGCACUGGAAGCACGGCAUGUGUCCUCUGCAGGAUGCUGCAUUUUUAUAUAAGUCAAAGCUGUUAAGAAUGUGCCCUAAAGGAGAUGAUCUUGUCAUAGAGUCUAAUGUUUUUUAAAAUUGGUGCCAGGAAUUCAAGAUUUAUAUUUUUUGAAUUAUCGAAUAUCUAGAUUUACCAGCUCUAUUUUUGUUUCCAUUUUCUCUAGACAUACAUCUGAAAAUCAUUUUAUGGUUCUCAGUCCCCAUGUAGCUUUGCACAGCAACAGCACACAUGGCACAAUUCCAGCAGUUUAUCUCACACCGUUUAGACAUCAGUGGACCCCUCUUACUUAAAUGUUAUUUGACCUGAGAAACUUCAUAAAGUGUGUUUUUAAAAAAUAUAUUUUAGUUACAUUUUAAAAGACAUUUUUCCAUGGAAAACAUUUCUUUCAUGAGUGAUGAAUUGUAGAUUUUAAAAUCGAGGCCAGGCCCGGUGGCCCACGCCUGUAAUCCCAGCACUUUGGGAGGCUGAGGCAGGUGGAUUGCCUGAGGUCAGGAGUUCGAGACUAGCCUGGCCAACAUGGUGAAACCCCAUCUCUACUAAAAAUACAAAAAUUAGCCGGGCGUAGUGGCACAUGCUUGUAAUCUGAGCUACUCGGGAGGCUGAGGCAGGAGAAUCACUUGAACCCAGGAGUCGGAGGUUACGGUGAUUCGAGAUUGCACCACUGCACUCCAUCCUGGACGACAGAGUGAGAUUCUGUCUCAAUAAAUUAAAAAAUAAAUCAAUACAAUAAAAUCGAAUGAGUUGGUUUUUUCCACCCUCCUGUGGUGCACGUGGUGCCCAUGGUGCCAGCGUCCGAACCUUUGUGCCCCUGUGCACAUUCGAAAGCUAAAAUGUACAUCGUUGUCCAAAAAAACCCAACCCCAAAACCUUCAACUGAUUGGUGAGCUGAAGUCUGUCUUUGUGCCGUGUUUUCAUCUGUUUUUCGUGGCCGCCUGGUUGAGGGGUACCCACAAGUGCCGCCCAGGUGUGGAGGGCGUGUGUCGAGUUGUGGACCUCACUGCUGACCCUACCUCACAUGUGCCGAGACCCUCAUGUCACAAGCGUGCCUUGCUGCCCCCCUGCAGCACCGUGCAGGACGUGGACCAGCUGGAGAUGCUUCCCAGGAGAGGAGAGUCGCCGCAGAUGAUCUAGCUGCGGUGUGAGAGAGCAGAGCCCAGACGCACAGCUGGGUUGGCUUCUGAGAACAGGACUCGCCCUGUGCUUCAGGAACAUCUGAUGGCUGAGGUUCGUGAGCUUGGCGGCUUCAGGACGAACUGUCGAUGCUUCUCAGCAGAGAUGGUCACAGAGGGCAGCAGGGACAGGACUGGAAGGGACCUGCAGCCUGGAGACCCCUCCUGGCCCCCGCUGGCUUCUGGUGCUCCAGCGAUGGGCAAGUCACAGACCUUCCCCAGGCUCUGCUUCCAGAACUCUUAACGGGAAACUGGGCCUGUCUACUUUAGAAGUCUUCGAUUCUCAGAGAGCAUUUGUUUAAUACAAUAAAAACUGGCUUUAAUAAAAACCUCAAAAAUGUGAGCACAUCUUGGAGGCUUCAUGGAUUCUUGACAUGUAAUUGUUCUGUUCAGAAAAGUUUACAGAAUUCAGAUAAUUCUGUAUAAAUCACGGAGAUCCGCAGUCCUUUUUUGUUUUUGAGAUUUAAAGUUCUGAGAUUGUCAAUAGGUAUCAAAAUAUCACUGGACAAAGGCUUUUCCAGAAAUUGUGAGUUUUUUUCUUCUGUUGUAUAAAUUUGAGUCCUGCAUGCUGUGAAAUGCUGAGAACAGAAGCAUUAAAUUAUUUUAUCUCGGG